AUGCACAGUAAGUUGAUGCAUGCUAGUGGUUUAACUAGCUCCAUCACACCUAGAAUUAGAACUAAGCUUGAAGAAAUCAAGUACAAUAGCAGAUUAUGUACUUGCAAACCUACUGUAGGUGGCAAGUUCCAAGUGAAUAUAGGAGAGGAUCAGUUUGUGGUUGAUAUCAAUAUGCACACUUGUACAAGUAGAGAAUGGGAGAUAACAGGCAUUUCUUGUAUCCAUGCAUGUUCUAACAUUCAUUGGAUGAACCAGGAUAAUACAACCUUUGUGAGCAAGUACUAUAGUGUAGAAACUUAUAUUGAAACCUACAAAAAUGCUCUUGAGCCACUGAAUGGCAGAAAAAUAUGGCCAUAA